UCAUCUGAGGGAAGCCACUAUGGAAAACUCUCCCUGUGAUGCUUCUCGGUAAUAAGGGAGAAGAUGAUCUUCCUCCUCCGGCGGCUCCUCUUCCUCCCCUGCUGUGUCUCUGGAACAUUUGUAGUGAAUGUGACUCAGACUUCCUAUCAGGCAGAGGAGAACCAGAACAUCACCCUGGAGUGGACCUUCAGCACCAGAAGAGACACUUCUCUCAGAUCCAUUUCUACCAUCUGUCAGCUGUUUACUGAGACCAGAUCCUACGUCCUGUUUCAUCUCCAUCAAGGUGUUGAAUCCCCAGAGUCUCAGGAUCCACAGUUUUCAGGACGAGUCCAGUGGGACAAAGACGUCCUCACAGAAGGACGCCUCACACUUCAUGUCUCCAGACUCAGGACCAAUGACUCUGGGUUUUAUGUGUGUGACAUACUCGUCAGACUUGAUGGGAGUAACUCUAGGAGAUGCUGGCUCAACAUCACUGCAGCGACACAUUGGAACAAACCUGAGACCCCCAACAGAGGAAGACGAGGAAGGAUUGGCCUCUACUCAGCGUUAGCACUGGUUUCUGUUCUACUUGCUCUGUGUGGCUGUGUGCUUCUUAACUUCAGACGACAAGCAGCCAGUGAAGAAGGUUCAGACUCAGGGACAGGCAACAGUUCAGCAGGUGGACCAACAGAAACAGUUUGACACUGUCUGUUACAUUAAUGCUCAUCGAUAGACAUUUUCACACUUCUGCACCAAACUGACUCUUUAGAUCUGCAGCGCUCUGACACUUUACUUCAGGUAUACUGUACAUCUUAUCUCUCUUUUGUUAAAGGUCCCCUAUUAUACUCUUUUUCAUCAAUAUAUUAUAGGUCUCAGAUAUAUACA